CGUCGCUUCAGUUCGCCACUACUGAACCCUAGUUCCAUUUGCCAUCUCUCUUUCUCGAAUCGGAAACUUUCGACGUUUACUCGUAUCUUCUUCACAGAGAUUCUCGUCAGGCAUCUCCUCCAUUCGUUCGUCUCCGUUGAGGUUUAAGCUCUCCUGCUUCAGAAGGAAGAAGAUGUCUCGUUUUUUCGCUAGGGAAGAGAUCCAGGAGGUUCAGGGCACCCACAUCAACAACCGAACCAUGGUUGGUAUCAUCAGUGGUUUGCCUUCCGAGAUGCGGCGUCACCUCCUGUCCUUUCUUCCUAUUCGUGUCGCUGCUCUGACUUCUUCCCUGUCCAGAGAUUGGCGUGAUGAGUUCUGCAUGACACCUACUCUUAAGCUCAGGCUGGACGAUGAUACAGAUGACAUGAUUCCAUUCAUCAGCUUUGUCAACAGGAUCGUGUCUAUUCGUGGACCAGAUGGAGAUCGUUCUCCUCUACGCAAGUUUCAUCUCACUCUACACAGGGUGAUUGAUAGGCAUGAAGCAGAUCAAGGCAACCUUCUGUUUGAAUCCGCCAAUGAGUGGAUCAACUUCUCACUGGCCAAAGGCGUAACCAUUCUCACCCUCUGCUUCUAUCAGUUGCCCCAUCAGUAUGAUGGACUGCCCGAAGCAAUCUUCGUAGCAAGCUCUCUGGUGAAGUUGCAUAUCGCCACUUCCCACCAUGCUACUCUCUUUCCUUCCACCGUGAGUGUUCUUCUACCAUGUCUCAAGUCUCUCAGGCUCGAUAUGGUGGGUCUCGGAGAUGACGGCCAAGGCUUCUACACCCUCCUGAGCGGUUGUCCAAUCAUCGAAGAACUAGAAAUGAAAGACUUGGCCUGGUUUGCAUGGUCUUCUUCCUCUGUGUGCAGCUCAACACUCAAGGUCUUGAGCAUUUGUUGGGACUUCUAUGCGCACGAAGACGAGCGCCAUCAACGUCCAGCGAGUGUGUCUUUUGUGACACCAAACCUGCUCUACCUGGACUACAACGACGACACAGCCGGAGACUACAAAGCUUUGGAUUUUGCUUCACUCGUUGAAGCCGAAGUCCGUCUUCACCUGAGGGUAGAGCAAGGGGAUGGUUCAGAUUCAGAUGAAGAUGAAGACGAACUGGAAAUCCCACAGCAAGAAGAUGCUUCAGACUUCUUCAAGGCAAUAUGCAACGUUCAGAAGCUCCUCUUGCACGCUGACACACUUCAGGUUCUCGCUUUCGGCUGCCUCACGAUACACCCUUUCCCCAACCUAACCGAGCUGAUCAUUGAAAGCUAUCAUCAUGAUCAACUAUCAGAUUGGGAUUCAGUGCCUCUACUGCUCAACAACUGCCCCCAGCUACACACUCUUGUUUUCAUGGGACUCACUCAUCAACCUAAGAACACAUGUGGAAACGUGUGUAGGUGUGAGGGUGGUGUGGUUCCAGCACAUUCUUGCUUACAAGCAUCUCCGGUCAAGGUUUUGAAGAUCUACGACGUUGGCCAAGCCGCUCUAGAGAUGGACCGCUUCAUUGGCAUGGUGAGACACUUCUUGGUCACCAUGCCUCACCUUGAGAGCUUUCUUGUUUACUGUGAUGGAAGUGCUGAGACUCGCAUGAACCUAUCAAGAGGAAUUCGAAGGAUUCAAGGGAAGGCUUCACCCAUGUGCAGGAUCCAAGUGCGUGAGUGCUAGCUAGAUAACCUUUUGCCUAAAAGAUCUAAUAUUGUCUAUGGUUCUGUUCCGAUGUUUGUCUGCUGAUGUUAAACCUCUAAAACUCUCUUCUGGUGUUUGUCCUGAUGAUGUUGAACUCAAAGCAUGUUUAUGUUCGGUCUUUUGUGAUGUGUAAACUCAAAGUCUGUUGUUGAUGUGAAACUCAAAGGCUGUGUUCUAUGUUUUAUUCAUGACUUGUUUGUGCUUUUUUA